GUAAAUAUUGGAAAAAUGGAUUCUCCCAUUGAGAAAUGGAACCUAAUAAUUGGCAAUUUAGCCUUAAAACAGGUUCAGGCAACAGUAGUUGGUUUUCUGGCAGCAGUGGCAGCAGUUAUAUUGGGCUGGAUUCCAGAGGGCAAAUACCGCUUUGAUCAUUCCAUCCUUCUGUGUUCUAGUAGCGUAGCAACUGCCUUCAUAGCUUCUCUUUUACAAGGAAUAAUAAUGGUUGGAGUUAUUGUUGGAUCAAAGAAGACUGGUAUUAAUCCUGACAACGUUGCCACUCCAAUAGCAGCAAGUUUUGGAGAUCUUAUCACUCUUGCUAUACUAGCGUGGAUAAGUCAGGGCCUUUAUACUUGCCUUGAGACAUAUUACUACGUAUCUCCUUUGGUUGGUGCCUUUUUCUUGGCUCUGACUCCGAUGGGGAUUGUCAUAGCUGCCAAACACCCAGCUACCAGAACUGUUCUCCAUUCAGGAUGGGAGCCAGUUAUAACUGCCAUGGUUAUAAGCAGUAUUGGUGGCCUUAUUCUGGACACAACUGUAUCUGACCCUAAUUUGGUUGGAAUUGUUGUUUACACCCCAGUAAUUAAUGGUAUUGGUGGUAAUCUAGUAGCUAUUCAAGCUAGCAGAAUUUCUACCUACCUCCAUUUACAUAGCACUCCUGGAGAGCUGCCAGAAGAAGCCAAGGGUUGUUAUUAUCCAUGCAGAACCUAUUAUGGUACAGGAGUAAAUAACAAAUCAGCCCAAGUUCUGCUUCUUUUGGUGAUUCCUGGACACCUAAUUUUCUUGUACACUAUCCACUUAAUGAAAAGCGGCCACACUUCCUUGACUCCUAUCUUUAUAGCAGUAUAUUUGUUUGCAGCUCUGCUACAGGUGUUUACUCUGUUAUGGAUUGCUGACUGGAUGGUGCACCACUUCUGGAAAAAAGGAAAAGAUCCUGACAGUUUUUCUAUCCCCUACCUUACUGCACUGGGAGAUCUGCUUGGAACUGCCUUAUUAGCUGUAGGUUUUCAUUUUCUGUGGCUCAUCGGUGACAGAGAUGGUGAUGUUGGAGAUUAG